UGAUCCGUCUCUUCGCGCUCUUCGCCUCCAAUCUCCGGCCUAAUUCUUCCAAUUCUACUGGCAGCACAACUUAGGUCGUACAGAACACACAUCUGAGGCAUGGAACAAGAGCAUUCAACACCCAUCAACCUCGCAGCGGCCGCUGAAAGACGCCAACUGGAGGCGUUGCAAUCCCAAACCCGCUCUCUGGCAGCCGAGCGAGCCGAGCACGACAAGAAACAAGCAAUUCGAAGACUCGUAGAUCCAGGUAUCAUACGUCCAAAUCCCACCUCACAAGCUCUGGAGUCACUCCGAACGAUACACAGGCUCUGUCAGAAUGUACUCGACGAUCCCGAAAAUGACAAAUACCAUCGAAUCAAGACAACCAACCCCAAGAUUGCGAAAGAUAUCGUCUCUCCAAAGGGGACUGUUGAAUUGCUACGAGAACUGGGAUUCCGCCCCCAAGUCGAAGAUUUUCAACCUUAUUAUCGCUUCAACCCCGCCCGAAUGACAGAUCUACAAAUUGGAUUCAAAAUUAUCGGUGAGGCUUUGCAAAUACACACCGAGAAGGAAGAACGUGUUGCUUCUGCCAGACAAGCCGAGAAGGAAGCUAAAGUUCAAGCUGCAGAAAAGGUUAGGCUUGCCUUCAUGGAUGACCGUCGAGCGAAGUCGGAGCUCGAUGAAAGAGAAAGAGAACUACGUGAGGCUAGAGCAGCAGCAGCGGCACAAGGCGCAGAGCGAGAUAAACUGCGACAAGAGCGACGGCGGCAGUCAGCUGAAGAAAGCUCUGAAGCCGUACAUUCUAUGCCAGGAUCAGGACAUGCUCUUGGAGGAAGUCCUCCACCUUACACUGACGAAGAUGAAGAUGACAAUUAAUUUCAUGU